AUGAGAGGUCUGGCACUGCUGUUACUGCUGGGAGCCCUGAGAGGGUGUCUCUUACAGAAUAUCCGGGUGUCCCAGAUCCCUGCAAUGAGCGCCACAGAGGGCAGCACAGUCACCUUACAGUGUCACUAUACACUCAGCAGCACUGAGAAUGUGACCUUCGGCUGGUACACAUGGUACACACAUAUGCUGGGGGGGCCUGAGGUUGCUAAUGAUAGUGACCAUUUCACAGGCAGAGUCUCCAGUGCAUGUCAGAGUGAAUUUAUCAAUAACAGAUCAGCCAGCAUCCAGCUGCACAGGGUGCAAAUCUCAGACACCGGAAUGUACAUCUGUGAAGUUGCACUGGGGCUCAAUAAGACACUACAAGGACAUGGGAAUGGGACCUUCCUUUAUGUGGCAGUCCCCUCUGCUGUUAUUUCAAGUGGAUACGUCCCCAUUCUACGCCUUUGUGGAGGUGUCAUCGUUGGAACACUGAUCUUAUUUGCAGUUUAUUUUAGCUGCAGGGCACAAGGAAUGAAAGAAGCACAGAAUAGCCAAGUACAGUGUGGUCCCGUAGAAGAACUAUAA